AUGUCGAUCAGCAGCAUUAACAUCCUCAAAGGCAAUGCCUCAAUCGAAGUCUCCGCCGACACCCUCAAAUCAUUGCUUACCUCUGUUGAAAACCUCCGUAGAGAUGUUUACCAGUUACAGCAGGACAAGGUGAAUAUGGAGUCGGAGUUGAAGCGUCUACAGGAGAGGUGCGGGGUUACAUUCCGGCGAUUUUCGGGCCUUCCACCAGAAAUCAGGAGGAUGAUUUGGAAGGAAGCACUUAUGGAACCGCAGAUCCUUGUACUCAGUGAGACCAAGAUCAGUCGGAGUCAAGUGAAUUUCGUCAUGCAAACUUGCAGAGAAGCAAGAGACGUUGGGCUUAGUCUUCGGCUUCCAUAUUUCCAGGUAUCGCCAAAUGGCACAUGGCUGCCAGAAGAUCCUAAAUUCUACUUCAAAUUGGAUGCGGACACUCUAUGGCUCGACGAAUACUCGCGAAUCCCUCGAUUUAUUCAGUUCUUUUGUGGAGUUUGUGAACGUGGAUCACUUUUUACCAUGAUCCCGCGUGGAAUCGCCGAAUGCACCCAUAACCUGCGACCAAAGCGGCUGGCUGUUAAUUACAAGACAUGGCAGGAUCCCACGUCGGGAGAGUUCCUCGAUGAGAACGACGAGGGGACUACAGAUGUUUUGCGACAUUUUAAUAGUGUUAAAGAACUGUACAUAGUUGUUGGUGAUACCACCACUUCAAAGGAGCGAGAUGUGUACUUCCAGACGCCGAAGCGCACCCCUUACAUGGAACUUGAGUUCGACGACCUCACAUCGGAACACAUGGAAUUGUCGUGGAGUGAAGCAGAGUCGAAUCUGGAGGAGGCGUUCAAGAUCUUGAAGCAGACUCGGGCUGAUGAGAGGAAGGCCGAACGUGAAGACAAUGGCGCCAGUGAGGAGGAGCUGGAUCAAAUGUUUUUGACAGAUAUUUCCUCAUGGGAUCCUCCGAAAGUUCGAUAUGUGGAGGCAUUCCCGGCUCAAAAAUGGUGGAUCCGGCCACAAGAUCAGUUUAAACUUCGUGUCACAGGAAGAGCACUUUCAUUUUAG